AUGAAUAUCAACGUCCAUAAGAGAUUCAUAAUAAAGUGUAGGGAGGCACAUAGAGGGGCUAGAGGAUUACACGAAAUGGAAAUUAUAAGAAAGAAGAAUUUCAUGGGUAAGAUUUGCUUAAUGGCAAAUGGAGGUAAAAUAAAUGGUCUUACAAAAAUACAGAAGAGGUAUUUAUUUUUUAGAAAUGAAAAAAAUGACAUAAUAAAAAACGAAAUAGAGGAAAUUUUAAAAAUGGAACAGGAUCCCACAAUGAUGAAAAGGAGAGAGGAGAAUUUUUUGAAUGAAAAUGACCUUGAUGAACGAUGGGCUAAACGUGAAAAGUAUGAUGAACAAGGUGAACGGAGAGAAGAGAAACAGAAAAAGGAAUACAAGAAUAAAAGAGGAAAAUUUAAAAGGUUGUUUAUUUUUAUAACAUUCCAAAGCAUACCAAUAGUAGGAAUUAUGUACCUCUUUAAGUAUGUUGAAAGUGUGAAAUUAGCUGAACUGAAUUUUUCAUUUGAUUCUUCAGAAGAUAUAAUUAAAGAAGCACUUAAAUUGAUACAAGGCAAUUCGAAAUGUUUCUGUGUGUAUUCUGAGAAUAAUGAAAUUAAGACCUUUUUUAUUGACCCAUUAGAUCCUGAAAAUUGUGAAGUGAAUUACGAAACAGGGGAAGUGGACGAAGAAAAAAAGCAAAUAAUGUCUUGUAAAUUUGACCAAUUAAGUAAUGAAUUAAAAAAAACUGAGAAGGCACCAGAAGAGGAUGAUGAAGUUACUAAAAUGAGGUACACACAGAGUAGUAAUGGUUCUAAAGAAAUAAUACCAAAACGUGAAAAAACUGGCAAUUCAGAUGAUAUAACCAAAUUGUUAUAUUCAAUGAAUAGACCAUUAAUGCAUAAAAUUAUGAACUUGAAAUCUUCGACAGAAUUACCCCUAAAUUAUUUAUACUUUUGUAUUUCCAAAAAUACAGAUAUACAUAAUUUCUUAAAAAAGAAAAAUGAAUAUAUAAGUCUAUUAUACUCUGAUGACACCAAAAAUAUUUAUGUCACUUUGGCUGGAAAUGCUUCAAUCAUUGAAAGUGAUAUUGUUCGAAAUAUUUUUUGGACUAAUAAAUGGUCUUAUCUCAUACCCGAUGAUUAUAGAGACAAUUAUGUCUUAGUUAAAUUUACUCCUUCUAUUGUUUCCCUUAAAACAAUUGGCUUAAAAAAUCAGCACUGGAAAAGUAACAUUGUUCGCAGGUCAAUUAUCAAUGACAAAUUGGCUUGGGUCAAGAUAUAA